AUGCAGCUCCAGAUGUAUCGGCCACCGCUCAUUUACUCAGACGAUUUUUCCUCAAUGUACAACCAUCGGCAUAUCGGAGACAUCGAUGGAGACACAGAUGGAGAAACUGAGGAACUCAUUAGAGAUGUGGUUUGCAGUCACAAGAGAGUGUCAGAGAGAGAGGAUGAUCUGAGGAUUGUGUUGCUGGGAAAAACUGGAGCUGGGAAGAGUUCAACUGGAAACACCAUCUUAGGAAGAGAAGUGUUUAUAUCAGACAUUUCUCAAACAUCUGUUACUAAAGAAUGUCAGAGAGAAACAUCUGAAAUCAACGGCAGACACAUUACUGUGAUCGACACUCCAGGACUGUUUAAUACUGAACUCAGUAAUGAAGAAAUCCAGAGAGAAAUCGCUAGCAGCAUCUCCAUGAUCCUGCCUGGACCACAUGUGUUUCUCUUAUUGAUUCCAUUGGGACGAUUCACUCAAGAAGAAGCAACAUCGGUGAAGAUCAUUCAAGAGAUGUUUGGUGAAAACUCUUUAAAGUACAUCAUAGUGCUCUUUACCAGAGGAGAUGAUCUGCAUAACAAAACUAUUGAACAGUAUCUGGGAGAACCUGAAUCUGCCCUUAAAAACCUGAUUGAUGUGUGUGGAAACAGAUUCCAUGUGUUCAAUAAUAAAGAGACUGGAGACCGAACACAGGUUACUGAUCUACUGCAGAAGAUAGACAACAUGCUGAAAGAGAACGGAGGGAGUUACUACUCAUGUAAGAUGUUUAAAGAGAUGGAGAGAGAAAUACAGUGGAACAUACUGAUGGAAAGAGUCAGAGAAAGAGAAGAAGAGAUGAAGAUGAUCAUGGAGAAAGAAAGACAGGAACAAGACAGAAAGAUACAAGAGAUGGAGAGAGAACGAGAGGAGAGGAAAAAAGAACGAGAGGAAUUGGAGAAACAGAGACAACAGGAAAACCAAAGAAGAGAAGAAGAGGAAGAGAAAUUGAGAAAUAUAAUUAAGAAAAACAUGUGAUGACUUUGAUCAGAAACUAAACGAGAGACAGAGAGAAGUCAGAGAGAGAAAGAAGAACUUCAGUUCAACCAUGAAAAAAGAGAAAGAGAGAAUGAAGAUGAAGAUGGAGAAAGACAGACAGGAAUUAUGAGAAA